AUGGCGAGCACACACAAGAAUCUGGCUGUCACCAGAGAAGGCGAGACAUACAACAAGCUCUCUCGUCCGAGCGAUUAUCUCAUCUCAACUACUCCCCUAUUACCACCGCUCUCUCCUGCAGCUCGGCCCAGUGCACCAGCCAAUAAACGAAAGCGCGGGCGAGAAGGCACGACAGGUAGCAAUGGCAGCAAGCGCAUAAAAGACGAAAAGGCCUUUGGAAACCUGAAUGAUGAUGCGGCGGUGUUGGACGAGUCAUGGUCGGCAAAAAGUUACGGUAUGCGCACCAUUCUCCCUGGAGGAGAAGACGAGGUGGAGUUGACGGGGGAAUCUACAAACGAAGCGAUGGCAUACCUCCGUAGCGUCCGAUCGGAGGCAUCGAAAAUUCCGCCUUUGCUCGUUGCUCAGACUACCAACAAGGUUAACAAUACGGAUGACAUAGCCCUGUCUCGCAAUCAAACUGGCACAGAAGAUGGUGUCUUCUAUAGAGAUGGAGUCUGGGUAGCUGUGGAUGGCGGGCUACAGGAAAGUGGUGUCGCAGUAGAUCCGGAUGGGCGCCGUUCUUCGCUUGAGCCACAGCAAGGCUAUUACGAUCUGAUACUUGCACGUUUCCAAGCUCUACGGAUCAAGCUUCUCGAUGCGGGCUUUCCAAGCACGAAAUUUGCUGCUUCAAGGUCUCACCGACAACCACGCAACAGGGGGGCUUGGCUGGAUGUGAUCGAUGUGAACCUUCCGACUUCAGAUUAUAUCUGUCAUUUGGAUCAGUCGAGCCUGUUUCACGCCCUGGAAGCGUGUUCUGCAUCGUUGGGUCGGUCUGCGAGCAUAUCCCGUGAAAAGAGCUGCUGGAUUUGGACCUUGCUGGCCAUGACAAGCGAUGCUGGCACCAUGAACAGCCAAAUGGUUGGUAAAAUCAGAUAUCUAGGGAUGCAGGCCGCGCGGCUCAGCGCAAGGCUUCAACAGGAAGACUUUGAUCAAGACACGCACGAGUCCAACGUUGGCAUUCUUGACGAAGGUAAAGCCGCAAAGGAUAACCAGGAACACAGCAUGCAGGCUACAGACAAUGGCGUUGUGUGGAAAGAUGAGGCGAUUGGGACCGAAGCUCCUCAGUCCCCACCACAAAUGCCGAAAAAGGAAGAUGGACACGAAAACCAAGGCGUCGCAUCAAGUUGUAAGGGUAUAGAAGCUCCGCUGUCUGACCCUGAAGGCGAGCACACCCAGACCCUUGAGCUCGCUCGCGCACGGCUGCUUGCGCAACUUGGAGACCGUCUGGUACCACCGCGGGGUUGUCCUUUAGAAGAGGAAGGGGAUGCCAGAAAGGGCUUUGAGAAGCCAUCAGUCGAUGAUGCCAUUGACUGGAACACAAAAGCCACCAUCGACAUGAUAUUGACAGUGGUCGCGGAACUAUAUGGCCAGCGGGAUUUGCUCAAAUUCCGCUUGGCGUGGUGA